AACAUGAAUCGAAGGCACACAACCCUUCGGGAGAAGGGCCGGAGGCAGGCUAUCCGGGGCCCAGCCUAUAUGUUCAAUGAGAAGGGCACCAGCCUGACCACUGAGGAAGAGCGCUUUUUGGAUUCUGCGGAAUAUGGCAAUAUCCCGGUUGUGCGGAAAAUGCUGGAGGAAUCCAAAACUUUGAACUUUAAUUGCGUUGAUUAUAUGGGACAAAAUGCCCUGCAGUUAGCAGUGGGGAACGAGCAUUUGGAGGUAACUGAACUCCUUCUGAAAAAGGAGAAUCUGGCACGCGUUGGGGAUGCGCUGUUGUUAGCCAUCAGUAAGGGAUAUGUCCGCAUUGUGGAAGCAAUAUUGAACCACCCGGCCUUUGCACAAGGGCAACGCCUGACACUUAGUCCUCUCGAACAGGAACUACGCGAUGACGAUUUUUAUGCUUACGAUGAAGACGGAACUCGAUUUUCCCAUGACAUCACCCCCAUAAUACUCGCUGCCCAUUGCCAGGAGUAUGAAAUUGUUCACAUUUUGCUCCUGAAGGGCGCACGGAUAGAAAGGCCCCAUGAUUACUUCUGCAAAUGCAACGAAUGUGUGGAAAAACAGAGGAAAGAUUCUUUUAGUCACUCUCGAUCAAGAAUGAAUGCCUACAAAGGAUUAGCAAGUGCCGCUUAUUUGUCUCUUUCCAGUGAAGACCCUGUUCUAACGGCUUUGGAGCUAAGCAAUGAAUUAGCAAGGCUAGCCAACAUUGAAACAGAAUUUAAGAACGAUUACAGGAAGUUAUCUAUGCAAUGCAAGGACUUUGUUGUGGGUGUGCUGGAUCUCUGCAGGGAUACGGAAGAAGUCGAGGCUAUUCUGAAUGGAGAUGUGAAUAUACAAGUCUGCUCUGAGCAUCAUCGCCCAAGCCUGAGCAGAAUUAAGCUUGCCAUUAAAUAUGAAGUCAAAAAGUUUGUCGCUCAUCCCAAUUGCCAGCAGCAGUUGCUCACCCUGUGGUACGAAAACCUCUCAGGCUUACGGCAGCAGUCUAUCGCUGUGAAAUUCCUGGCUGUCUUUGGAGUCUCCAUUGGCCUGCCUUUCCUCGCCAUAGCGUACUGGAUUGCCCCCUGCAGUAAGCUGGGACGGACACUCCGAAGUCCUUUCAUGAAAUUUGUGGCACAUGCAGUUUCUUUCACAAUCUUCCUUGGACUGUUAGUAGUGAAUGCCUCAGAUCGAUUUGAAGGGGUCAAAAACCUUCCAAAUGAGACCAUCACGGAUCAUCCCAAACAAAUAUUUAGAGUGAAAACAACUCAGUUCUCCUGGACAGAACUGCUUAUCAUGAAGUGGGUAUUAGGGAUGAUAUGGUCAGAAUGCAAAGAAAUCUGGGAAGAAGGGCCUCGUGAGUAUGUCCUGCAUCUUUGGAACCUGCUGGAUUUCGGCAUGCUAUCCAUCUUUGUGGCAUCAUUCACUGCAAGGUUCAUGGCUUUUCUCAAAGCCACCGAAGCACAACAAUACGUAGAUCAGUACGUUCCGGACGAUGACCUCAAUAAUGUCACCCUUCCCCCUGAAGUUGCUUACUUUACUUAUGCCAGGAACAAGUGGCUUCCCUCGGAUCCUCAGAUCAUAUCAGAAGGACUAUAUGCAAUAGCUGUAGUACUCAGCUUCUCCCGCAUUGCUUACAUUCUUCCAGCGAACGAAAGCUUUGGCCCCCUUCAGAUCUCUUUGGGAAGGACCGUGAAGGAUAUCUUCAAAUUCAUGGUCAUCUUCAUCAUGGUGUUUGUUGCCUUCAUGAUUGGAAUGUUCAACCUUUACUCUUACUAUCUUGGUGCAAAAUACAACCCAGCGUUUACAACGGUAGAAGAAAGUUUUAAAACCUUAUUCUGGUCAAUAUUUGGCUUGUCUGAAGUGAUAUCAGUGGUGCUGAAGUACGAUCAUAAGUUUAUUGAAAAUAUUGGAUAUGUUCUCUAUGGAGUUUAUAACGUUACCAUGGUGGUGGUGCUUCUUAAUAUGUUAAUAGCCAUGAUCAACAACUCCUAUCAGGAAAUUGAGGAGGAUGCAGAUGUGGAGUGGAAGUUUGCGCGUGCCAAACUAUGGCUCUCAUACUUUGACGAAGGAAGGACUCUACCUGCUCCUUUCAACCUAGUGCCAAGCCCCAAAUCCUUUUAUUAUCUCAUAAUGAGAAUCAAAAUGUGCCUCAUAAAACUCUGCAAAUCCAAGGCCAAAAACUGUGAAAAUGAUCUCGAGAUGGGCAUGCUCAAUUCCAACCAUCGGAAAAUUCGUUUUCUGUCUAGCAUGCGAAACACAGAAAAUUUUUCUGGGAAGAAUGCUUAUAACAAGCCCACGAGAUAUCAGGUGGCAACACUACCUCCCUCUGGAUUCUACUACCUUGGCCAUCUCCAGCAUACAAAAAUAAUGAAGCGUCUUAUUAAGCGGUAUGUACUGAAGGCUCAGGUGGAUCGAGAAAAUGAUGAAGUCAAUGAAGGAGAACUUAAAGAGAUUAAGCAAGAUAUUUCCAGUCUCCGCUAUGAACUUUUGGAAGAAAAAUCACAAGCCACUGGAGAGCUGGCAAGACUAAUACAACAGCUGAGUGAAAAGUUUGGGAAGAACUUAAAUAAGGACAUUUGAGGGUAAAGAAAGGGAAAGCUGACUAGUUUUCUAAACAUUUAUUUGAUAUUUCAACCAGCAUUUUAAGAGAGCAAAAACACUGCAAGAGAUGAGUACUGAACACUCAACUUUUUGCUAAUUAACAAAUAUUGGUAGGGGC